AUGCCAGCUGAUUCCAAGGGCCGUCGCAACCUCUUGUGGGUAUUUGGACUAUUUCUUUUGAUCCUGAUAUCAGUCCGCAUCUACUCGUCACAAGACAUGGACAGCCUACCAGCACCUUUCACCAUCGAAAUCAAUGGCAGUCCGAUCGCCAAGGUCGACGCCAACGCCGAAGACCGUACGCAUGCCAAAACGGGAAAAGAAGCAGCUGUUUUUGAGCUCAAAGACAGUCGUCUUCAAUGUAACGGUCACAUUCUCGGGCGGUCGCUGGUAGAGGAUCGCAGCUUCCUGCCAAAGCAAGUGUGGUGGUUCAAGGCAGACACUGAUAUGCCUGUGCAAAAAGUUACUGCAAGCCAGGAUGGCGAGUCGUACCAGUUGAAGUUUGCCAAUGCUGCAUUGAUGGCAGAAGAUGAUGGGGUCUUCGCAGAUCUUCUUGGGGAUCAUCCAUCUACAGUGGUAGUGAAGCUGCAGUCUCAGUCCUAA